CGCGGCGCAACCUCUCACUCACCGUCGCCGGUUCGCCAGCCAGUGUUACCUUUGACGGUCGAACGUGUGGUUGUUUGAUGUCAGUGACGUCGGCGUCGGCACUCGUGCAACACGUCUAUCAUGUUUCGUUGAAUGCAGAGUGCGAUCCGUUUAUGAACUGUAACAACUCGUUUAAUUUAUCAAAUGCUGGAUUUUAGUGACACGACAAAAUUUUGUGACCCACCCCCCAUUGGAUUUGGAUUGUUUUUAUGAACUGUGCAGUGACAUUUAAAUUUUAAGACACAAAACAGUGCAGUGACCACCCAAAGGAUUGCAAAGUGUUGUCAAUUUGGAUUUUUACAGAAGACCUUGGAUAUGAAAGAAUUACGAAAAUUAAAGUGCUAAUGACUUGCGGAGGAUUUGUAGUGAAUUAAAUUAAAAGGAGGCGCGUUGAUUCGACAGGACGGCGCACUCUGGUAAUACGGCAGGAUACGCGGGAGCCAACGUAAGCUACGCGGGAGCUCAAGCUCCCGACUCAGAAAGGCAUCAUAUUCUGCAGGAUACCAUAGGCUACAGGGUAAACGCGCCAAGCGGCUAUGGGUGCGCCGGCGGUCCGGGCGCGAUGAGCGGCGGGGGCGAGAACGGGCAGUUCGGCGCCACCGCCGCGAUGGUCGCCGCGGCCACCACGGCCGCGAUGCAGGACUCGCAGCCCUUCUCGCAAAUGCAGAGCAACAUGACUAUGGGAAACCCUCAGUACAGUGCGAUGAAUGGCUACGGUCAACAGCGCAGCCAUAAUCCCGCUAUGACGGGAAUGGGAAUGGGUGGCAAUGGCGGCAUGAACGGAAUGACUGGCAUGGGCCAGAUGGGAAAUGCCAUGAACGGCAUGAAUCCCAUGGCUCAGAUGGCGAAUAUGGGUAUGCACGCUAACAUGAUGUCCUCGCAAAUGGCGCCCGGUCAAAUGGGUGGAUCGGCAAAAAUGGGCCCUGGAUACCACCAAAGGCGACACACGCCGUAUCCCUCAGGGACGAUGCUAAUGGGCUCAAGGAAAAGCCAAUACAUGACUGGGCAGCCUAACUUUGGUCCUGGGCCUGCUCAAUAUCCCACGGGAUACGGCGGACGACCCGGUUUCCAGGCUCAGUACCCACCGCAACAAGCACUCGGUCCGAGUGGAAAUUUUGGUGCAGGAAUGAGGGGUACUAUGAGGCAAUCGACGCCACCGUAUUCAAACCAGGGGCAAUAUUUCAAUGGCGGCGUGACGAAUCAGUUCCCCCAGCAUCAAGGUGGAAAUGCGCAAUAUGGUGGACAGUAUGGCGGACAGUUUGCACAAGAGGUAGCUAUGCGGUCAAACAUGAGCUACCAACACAGCCCUGUGCCGGGAAACCCUACACCGCCGCUCACGCCGGCGAGCAGUAUGCCACCGUACAUUAGCCCAAAUGCAGACGUUAAACCUCAUUUUAAUGAGCUCAAACCACCGAUGGGCAUGCAAAAUGACGAGCUCCGGUUAACAUUCCCUGUAAGAGAUGGUAUUAUACUACCACCUUUUAGAUUAGAACAUAAUUUAGCUGUUAGCAACCAUGUAUUCCAAUUAAAACCGACGGUCCACUCAACGUUAAUAUGGAGGUCCGAUCUUGAGUUACAACUAAAAUGCUUUCAUCACGAAGAUCGGCAAAUGAAUACAAAUUGGCCGGCAAGUGUGCAGGUCUCAGUCAAUGCAACACCUUUAAUGAUUGACAGAGGUGAAAACAAAUCAUCACACAAACCAUUGUACCUGAAAGAAGUGUGUCAACCUGGCAGGAAUACAAUACAAAUCACCGUAUCCGCUUGCUGUUGUUCACAUCUAUUCGUUCUGCAACUAGUACAUCGACCGAGUGUGAGGAGUGUUUUGCAAGGUUUACUAAGGAAGCGCCUUCUCACAGCGGACCAUUGCAUCGCAAAGAUCAAAAUGAACUUCAAUCAAUCGCCAACCAAUCCCAACAAUAACCCUAAUAUUUCAAACGAUAGAGACAGUGUUGAACAAACGGCGCUCAAAGUAUCACUAAAAUGUCCCAUAACAUUCAAAAAGAUAACAUUACCAGCACGAGGGCAUGAAUGCAAACAUAUACAAUGCUUUGAUUUAGAAUCAUACUUGCAACUGAAUUGCGAGCGAGGAUCGUGGCGAUGUCCAGUUUGCAAUAAACCAGCCCAGCUAGAAGGUUUAGAAGUAGACCAAUACAUGUGGGGUAUCCUAAAUACCUUGAAUACCUCUGAUGUGGAUGAAGUAACUAUCGAUAGUGGGGCAAAUUGGAAAGCAACCAAGAUUCCUACAAACACCGGUAUCAAGCAAGAGGACGACAGCAAUGAUGGCAGUGGCAAAAGAGGGAAAGCAGUAUCACCUGGGUCGAUGAACAUGCCAACAAUGAACAAUUGGGACAUGAACCAAGCCCUAUCACCCUACUUACCGCCUGACAUGAACACCAUUGCGAGUGGCUCCAUGAUUUCAUCGUAUAACCAAGGAGGACAAAAUAGAAACUCGGGAUCAAGUAAUCAAAACUAUGAUUUCGGAAUGAGCAAUGGGCCAGGCAGCAACGAAUUUGCUGGCAACGGUCCCCUUUCUCAUUUGAAUGAUAGUGUCAACUCUUUGGACCCACUCAACGCUAUGGAGAAAAGUCUUAAUGAGCAGAUGCCUCACACGCCUCACACCCCACAUACGCCGGGCUCCGCGCACACGCCGGGAGGGGGCGGCGGGGCGCACACCCCUGGGUCCAGCCACACUCCAGGCCCGCCGUCCGUCGACCACCUACCCCUCACCGACGUCGACAUCCCAGCAGAUCUCAACUUCGAUCCAGCAGCCGUCAUUGACGGAGAGGGCACAGAUAAUCUUAAUCUCCUACCGGAAACAAAUGUAGACCCGAUGGAGCUCCUCUCAUACUUGGACGCGCCGGCCCUGGGUGAACUGCUAGCGACUCCGCCUUCAUCCUCGUCCUCGGCAGGAUCGCAUCCGCCGCGGGCGCCGUCGUCCGAUGAUCUCCUAGCACUCUUCGAAUGAGCAAACGCGUGCGACUGGUGGGGCUUGCACGCUCCAUCGGAUGUGAACUGACGUGAGGUGAUGCGAUCUCGUUUAGUCAUUCAGCUUCCGUGAGUGGUUCGCCGUGUACGGCGAAAAUCCAGCUCUUCAUACAAGUGGAGCCCGACAUUGUGAUACUAGAUUUUAGUUCCUUCUCCCGAGUGAAAGUAUUGAAUGCCGCAGAUUAUCGCAAUCAGAAUCUCCUAAAAUUAAAAAAAAAAUUGUUAUUGGAGUAAAACUUGCGGCAAUCAGUGCGUUCACAUUGUGUCUUGUUGAAACAACGGCACUGGAGAAAAUUUAGUCGAUAUAAUAUUUUAGGUAAUAUUGUAUUAAGGCGAAGGCAGGCAUGCACGGGGUGUCGUGCAUGUAUAGUUCCUCGCACCGCCGCUCGGUGGCGCACCUAAGCUCCUUAUAUUCUAAACUCUAGUAUAAACUGUAACACAAAUUAAAGUUAAUAUCGUAAUACAAUUAACUUCUUAUUCGAUUCGAUAUAUUAUUAUUAUCAUCGAUGAAAGUUUUUGAUUUGUGUCCAUAUUUUGUGAAUAGUUCACCAAGUGUAAAUAGAAAGAGUUUAUUUUAUUGAUAUUUGUUAUUUGGGUGUAGUGAGGACGUCGCACCGCCUGUACAUAUAGCGUAGAGCGACGCGACUGUCGCGGAGGCAUCAUGAAUCUUAUAGUUCCUAUUUAAUGCGAGUGAACUAUAUCGUUCAAUUGCCGUUUAAUGUAAAAUAUUCCUUGACGUUUUCGCAUAUUCUGCAUUUUUAAUAUAAGUCGUAGGAUACGUGAGUAUAGCGCUACUCGCUUUUUGGGUGAUAUAUUCUAAAUGAGUUGUUUCAAUUCAACAAAACCUCCUGUAACAAACUAGUUGUUACAAAACUAUAUUGUAAAAAUGUGAGAGCAAAAUUGAACUCUGUUAAAUUAUUUUGCGUUAUGUGAAUCGAAGAAUGAUAGAAAUAUAUUUUAAUUUCUAAAAAGAGUAAUGAACUGUAUUAUUUGUAAAUAAGAAAAUAGUUAAGCAUAUUAUAUUAUCUAGUUAUAUUUAGGUGAACAUGGCAGAUACUUAUAUGAUGGCCAGUUUUAGUGUAGUAUUACUAAAUUAAAAAUCUACACAUGGUUUUACAUGUACAUACAAAUUACAAAUACCAUAAUAUACAUACAUUACAUGUCUCCAUGCGUUCAGAGUGCAGAUGUACUUAAAAUUGGGACUUAGUCAAUAUUGGAAAUUAUUUACCAAACAACUUUAUAGAAAAAAUAUAUUAAUAGUCCAAUACUAGAAUAAUAUUUGACUGAAAAACAGAAUUCCUAUCUCGAUUUUAUUUCUUCUUCAACUAUGUUUAAUUUAUUUACUUUCUAGAAAAAUCAAUCAGUAGAUAUUUUCUCCAUAUCUACAUACUUGUAGCACAAAAAUAUGAACUUUUCUUAACUUUACUUUUACUAUUCUGUACUCUGAAACGCCUGUUUUAAUUCUGAAAUCUUAAGCUAUAAAAAAUAGAUUUUCUCUAUCACUGCUCAUCCUAAUUCAACAUUACAUUUUAUUAUCAACAUUACUUAUGAUUCAUGAUUGAAAGCAAUAAUAUCAGAUACAUACAUAAAUAUAUAAUUAUCUGUAGAUGUUAUAUUAAAAUAUAUAAAUAUAUAUACAAUUCUAUUAACUGUUGAAUAACUUGAUAAAUAAUGAGAAAAUUGUGAUGAGCAUUGUAUUGAAAAUAUCACGUUUCACAUAUUUUCAAAUGUUUAGUUCUAUUCCUUUAUGUAUUGUAUUUGUUUGUAUUACAUUUUAUCUAUAUUAAUAAUAUUUGUAUUGUUUGCAGCAAGAAGUAAUUUAAAAUGUUUAAAAAUCUAAAUGGAAUUAAGUUCCCAUAAAACAAUUUCCCACAAAUGUGUUCUGUGACCAACAGAGAGAUUAAAACAGUAAAUGACAAUUAAUUAAUUCUUGUAGAAUAAAUUCUCAUUCUGUUGAUGUCAAAGCUUCAAAUUAAAUAAUUUAUUUGUUUGAACAUUGAAAUUUACACUCAUAACUUAUUCCUAAAGUGUUAAAGAGCAGUUUAUUAAUAAACAAUCUGUAACUUAGAGUUGUAUGUAAAACUUCUCACUAACUUUUGUAAAAAAUUGGUGAUUUGUGCAUCUUUACUUCAUGCUAUGUUUAUGGACGCCUCUUUAGAGUUAGUCGACUAUUAUGAAACAAUAAAAUAAGUAUAAUAUAAAGCAGUGGUCAAUUAUUCAAGCAGAAGUAUACUUCUUGUGAACACAUUUAGAACUAGUACACAGCAAAGCUGAUUUGUCUAGUUGAUCACAGCUUUUUAACUUUAAAAUACAUACUUUUAAGGGACCUUCAAUUCCAGUUAGCUAGUUCUACUUAUUGUAGUUAAUAUUCCUAUUGGAUGGAUCAUCAGCAUACAGAUUUUUGUGCGACCAAAUACUUUUUUAUAAAUUAUACCUCUGUAGGGUAAAAAUUUAAAUUUGUUUAUAUAAAAAUCGAAAAUAUCAUAAAAAUGUAUAGCAUAUCACAUGAUCACAAGGCGAAAAUCCAAAUGUGUGAUUCAUCCAAAAGAGUAAAUUAUUACAAUAUAAUUAUUUUGUUGAAUAUUGUAAUGAGCUGCUGUCAUAGUAGAUUAAAUGCUCAUGCAAAUUUAAGAAACUGCAUUUGGAAAUAAGUGAAGGGAGAGUUCUAAAUAAGCGUACUGAGAUUUCAAGUUCACGAAAAGCCAAACUGUACUAUAGUAGUAAAGUUCAACCUACCACAAUCAUGUUUAUUCAGGUUGGUAUUCACCAAAAUUCAUUUUGAAAUGUAUAAAAUGGGAAAACAUAACAUUUUUAUGUUAUUGAAAAUAAAAUGAACCUAAAACAUUAA